AGGCACCAAAGUGUACUUAGCAUUGAUUUGAGGCACCAAAGUGUACUUAGCUUUUCUGACACACAUUUCUUUAGAUAAGAGUUACGUGCUUAACUUGAAGUAGUGGAAAUAUGGAUAAUUUAUUGGGAAAUGAUUCGUGAUAUUGUGUGACUGAAGUCAAAUCAAGGAGAAAAGUCACGUGGUAAUUGCAGGGUCAGUAAACAUGAUUUUUGAGCUUUCGAAAAAAUUACUGUACUGUCCGUUGAAUAUAAAGGGGUCCACGGACCGAGUGAGCGGACGUGGAUGGCGGGCGGGAAUGCAAAAAGCUAGGAAUGUGGUUUCUUUUGCUCAAGUCAAACCAUUAAUAAAAGAGAAGUAAUAAAAUUAACAUAAGCCCAGAUUGAAAUCUUAUCACCAGAACCCAUUUUCAAAAGAGCUUGAUUUGAUCGGGUAACAGAUCUGAUCAGGACUGGAACAAAGCGGAAAUGGGCUGGGCCUUUAAUUUGGUUUAUAUUAACUCAUUCCGUACAAGUCAAAUAUUUAAUGGUAAUAACCAGAAUUGGAGACUUACUUGAUUGGAGCAUUUGGUUCCAAAUCGGUAAUGGGUCCAGUCCCAGUUGUCAUAGCCUGGGCCCACUACAUUGAUCCGACAAAACCGAGCAAACAUUUUCUCAACUGGUGCGCCUUUGUAAUAACACUAACAAUAAUUAUUUGUCCGACUAAUAAAAAACGUAAUCAGAGUCACAAAAGGGUUUCUUCUUAGUGGAAGCCAACGAUUUGCAGAGGAAGAUCAUUUGGACAAAAGUGACAAUAACCAAAACCUUCUCAAUGGCUAAACCGGAAAACAACGAAACUCAUCAAACAUGGAGCACACGGGAGGAGCUCCUCCUCGCCUGCGCCGUUCACCGUCACGGUGUCGAUUCAUGGGACUCCGUCGCCGCCGAAAUCCACAAACAAAACUCUUCUUCUCGUACACUCACCGCCUCCGAGUGUCGUCACAAAUACCACGAUCUCAAACGACGGUUCUCCCCCGAGGGAGAAACCGUCUCGGAGAUCUCUUGGUGGCUCGAGGAGCUGAGGAAGCUCCGCGUCGAUGAGCUCCGUCGCGAAGUCGAACGUUACGAUCAAUCCAUUUCGUCUUUGCAGAUGAAGGUGAAGAGAUUGGAAGAUGAGAGAGAGAAGGAGGAGGCGGAGAAGGUUACUGAAUCUCCAGAUCUGGUUAAAAUCACGGAAACGGUUAACAAAUCCGACGUUCCGGUUAUCGAGCCAAACCGGGAAAUCGACGAAUCAAUUGAAGAAAUAGCGAACCGGAUCGGGGGAGAUGAAAUUGAAACCGAUGAGAAACCGGUUAGGGAGGAUUCGGGUAGGGGAAGUUGCGGGAGCGUGGGGAAGGACUCGGAGAGAGGUGACUCGGUAAGAGAGGGUAAUGAUGACUCGCCCGAGUUGAAAUUAGAGGAAGAAGUGAAAGAAACGAGUGACGUGCAGAGCUCGGCGAGCUUACCGAGAAAGGAGGAGUCGGUAGGACACGACCAACCGGAUAACGAGGAUCAAUCUCUGGCCGUUAAUAAGACGCUCGUUAAAUCUAGGCCGUUGAUUGAAUUCAUCGAGAUGCUUUGCUCUCAUCCUAUUGGCUCCCAUUUUUCGCGCCGGCUCGAGAGCCAGCUGCAGGAAACACCCGAGUACGAGAGGAUAAUAAGGCAGCACAUAGACUUUGACCUGAUUCGAACUCGUGUGGACGAAGGUUAUUACGAAAGAUCCAAAACAAAGUUUCAUCGAGAUUUACUGCUACUAAUCAACAACGCCAAGGUUUUCUACGGCGAGCGAUCUCCUGAGUCUAACUCCGCAACGCAGCUUCACGAACUCAUCAAGAAACAGAUGACUACUCUCAAGACGUCUAAUCAAACCUCACCUCCAAAAGACGAACCCUUGGUGACUUCUACUAAGGAGGAACCCACACUGUUGUCUCUAAAGACAAAAGUGUCAGUGUCUGUUAAAGCUUGUAGGAAACGUAGUUCCUUAGCUGUUAGAUCUUCUACUGAACCGGUAAAGAAAAAGACUAACAUAGUUCCAACCACGGAUGAGGAUGAGAAUGAGAAGAAGCAAGUUUCAGAGACGGAGGAGGAAGAUGAAACCACCACUGAUAAAGAUGAGGAACCUAUUGUUUCCAAGAAGACGCCUAGAGGAAGAACAACAACCUCAUCAGCUAAAAAAAUAGGAACCAGAAACGUUGUUAAGACCAGUUUGGAUGAUGAGCAGAAGAAAAGUGAUCAAGAAAAGAAGGGUAAGACCACAGCAAAUGCUGUCUCAAAGAAGCAAAGCGCUGCAAGUUUUCUUAAGAGAAUGAAAGGAGCUGAAACUGUGGUAGAGACAGUGAAGGAUGAUUCCUCUAGUGGAAAGAAAGGAGCCGAGCAGAGGAGAAGUAACACUAAGCAUGAAAAAGCUGUUGCAGGUCAGAAACGAACAACACCUGCAAAGAGAAACACUAGUGCAGUCUCUAAAAGAGAAGCUAGUGAAAAGGAGGAAGGUUCUUCUACUCGUCCAAAGAAACGUACAAGGAGGUUAUGAGAGUCAUUAUUACACUGCUUAACUAUCUUAUAUAGUCUCAAGAAUCUACUAAGGCAUCGAAAACAUAUGUUCAGCGAUACUAAAAGAGAAAAAGAUCUGAAACAAGUCUAAAAGAGAGUGUUCUUGUCUUGAUUGUUGUCAUGCUUCUGGUCUUGUCUACAUCCCCCUACUGCGCUUUAGCUUUUCCCUUAUCAAGUUUCUUGAUCUUGAUAAUAGGAAUCCCACUGGCAGAUGUUCCAACCUAUCAGAGAGGGUUGUGUCAGUGAAGGGUUAUAAGCAUUAGAAAGAAGCUUUUGAAGGAGCAAGAUAUAUAUACCACUUUGAUUGGCGUCUUCUCACGAGCUGUAGUGGUCGCGUUCAAGAUGGUUUGGCCUGGUUUAAGUAAGCAGUUGCGUGUUGUGAACCCGGGAUGUUGAUUCUGCCAUAUAACAUCUUCCUUUGGAAACUGCAAUGAGUUUUUUUUUGUUUGAGAUCAAUGGUUUGGUUUCAGAUUCUGAUCAAGAAGAGUUUGAUCUCUUACAUAUCUAAUAUCGAUCCAGUCCAACGGGUCGUCAUGUUCCUUUGUGCUUCCUAAAGUCACCAGCUGGUGCAUUUCCUGUUAUGAAAUUGGAACGCUAGGGCUUCUUAGACCUAACUUGAUGGACAAGACACAAAGAAAACGUGAAGAGAUGUUACCGUUUCUGCGUCAUAGGCUUUGAUUUGGAAUUGAACGUGGUCGUUGUCACCGUAUAUUAUUAUAUUGAUGAUGCUGUUAACAAGAGACUCGGGAGCAACAUGGCCCCAGCUUGGGAAAGGUAACUCUUCAGGAGUAGUGGUAGUAGUAGCGCUCACUUCAGCCUUGUCUUUUUGGAUCUUUGCAGGAGUACUAGUAUCACUCGGUUGAGCCGUUUCUUGUUGGAUCUUUGCUGGAGCUACGUUGAAACUUUCUUGCUAAGCAAGUAAAAAACAAAUGAAAUCAAAAACUUACAAGUUUUUUAAGCUUCUGGACUUGGAAACAGAGGUCUUACAAGUUUGAGAACGUAUCUCUCGUCCACUACUAGACGUGGCUUUAGUGCUUCUCCUUCUACAGAAGUACUCUUCUCUUCCUCAGCGUCAGUGGCUUUCUCUGUUGCCUUCUCAGAAGAAGUUCCCCUAAGAAACAGAGCGAUUGAGAAUUAGGUUAAAAGAAGAGAAGAUCACCCUCUUGCGUGUGGAUCAAGAUACCUCAGUUCUUGGACCAGUGUAUCAGUUUUGACUCGCUUAUGGCAAUCGGCGUGAGUGUCAUGAUCGAUAUUCAGUUCCUUCUUGAGUUCUUUCAUGAACAUAAUCCUUGGCUGAAACAACAACAUGAGCACAACCAUCAAGAACUGAGAAAACAAAGAUAUGAAAGGGUUAAACCUCGUAGUAAGCGUUUACUCCGGAUAUUGUAGAAGACUCUGCGAGGAAGGCCUUGAGAACUUCGUAGUAAGCGUUUUUCUUGAGUUUAUUGAGAUCCAUGUCCUUGUUGUCUAUGGGGAAGAAGGAGUCGUCGUUGUUGUUUAAACCAGGAAGUGUUUUCUCUGCGUAGCCUCUCUUCUUGAGAGGGAGACGAGUUGCUUCUUCUGCAAGCGGAAUCAAGAUCAGAUCACUAACCAAAACCUAAGGUGAUCCUCUUACUUGAAAACCCUAGUUACUGAGGCUUGUGAUCGAAACGUUACAAGAAACGUGAGGAGUUUUUUGAAGAGACGUACCGGUGGGAGUAUCGGAGUGUGGGUCGUUCUGAUCCGCCAUUGAAGAUAGGAACAUAGGAAGCUUCGAAUGGUUUCUGGCGCAAGAAUGUGUUGCAGAGGUGAAUGAGAGAAGAGCUUGAAGUUUGGGGAAGCUGUUUAUAUGACUUGUGGAAGAAGGUAAGGGUUAUGUAACGAACUUUCUUAACAGUUUACUUUAAUGAGUCACUUCUUAAGAGGGUUUAUUUUGUUUGUCAACAAACAAAAGCAAAUAAUUAAAAUUUGACUUACUUCUAA